AAAGCAGCAAUCUCCAUAGAUAGCUUCAGGGAAGACAAACUGCAACACACGAUGGAAGCCGAGAACCCUAGCCUUGGAAUUCAAGGGAACUCUCAUGAAGACAACAAGGAGGACCCGAGACCCAUCCUUGAUUGCAAAGCAGUGAUAUCAUUGGAUGUCAAGCCCUUGCGAGAAGUAAGAGAUGGUGAGAUCUUCGAGUUUGAAGGAGAAGAGGAUGAGAUCGAUAUCGAGGAGAAUUCGGAGGAAGAAGAGGGAUACAAUUCAUCGAGUUCGCAAGAUGAAUCAGCCACCCAUUCUUCGAUUGAAGAAGAAGAUGGAGAGAUAGAAGCUUUAGAUAUCGAGAAGAUGAUCCGUACUACACAUGAAAACGGUAUGCGUUGCACAUUUAUAGACUUAGUUAGAGCCAUCUCGCUUGACACUUCGUUUCUGGAAGCAUGGGAGAAGUUUUCGGUGAAACGACUCUUCAUGGAAAUUUAUAUCUCCAAGGAUUGCGUUUGA